AUGUCGUCCGUGCAUACGUGUCGCCACACCCCAGAGCAAGUCCAUGGUCGCCGCCAGCACCACAAAUGCGAAUGCAUCCUCCGCGCAUGUCACGUGCGCCGCCCUAUAACUUCCACCUUUGGCCCUCCCCGCCUGACCAUCAUCGACGACAUCACGAACUCCCAGAAGUCGACCCAUAACCCAAACCGGGCUUGCCAGUGGCGUGGGGCCUGUCGUGACGUCGAUGCUCAGCUUCCCGCCGACCCUUGUGUCCACUGCCGAUGCUCAAACUCGAAAGGUCUCCGUUGGAGGGAAUUUGUCCGCCAUCACCAAGCCGAAGGUCCAAGGCUUUCACAACAGGAAUUUGGGAGGUUCGUGAAAUCCGAAGUUCUGGAUUCAGACCGAGCUGCAAACCUUAAGCUGCGGAUGUCGGAGAAGGCUACAAGUCUAGACAAAAUAGUGGAGACAGUGAAGAGGGGAAUUUCUAUAAAUUCAAUUAGAGCUAAAGGGCAACAUAGGAUUGCAAAAGAAUCUUGUGAAUUAGUUUUCUCAUGGAAAUACAAACAUUAA